AUGACGCCUGUAGCUGGGUCGUCGGGUCCUCAAGGCGCACACGACUACACUGAAGGCGCUUCUCCCAUCGAUAUAAACAAUGUUCUGGCCCACUCGAGACGCUCAUCCGAGCUCAGUGUCUACAAUGACGAUGAAGGAACCAUGUUUUCAGGCCCUGGCCACUCUGUAAACCCGUCUAGCGUGACUCGAAUGUCUAAUAUAGAUCCUGCCAGGAGAAGUUGGUCUCGUAGCCGAAGGAAAAGUCACGAUUCGGGUGUGUCCGGACGGCUCAGCAUCGAACGGAGGCAGAGCCAGGGCAGUCAGCACAGUCAGCUUUCCCGUCAAAGCAGUCAGGAAGAGGAUAUAGAAGCAGAUAGUCAACGACAUACCGUCAGAGGUCGGCGCCGGAGGUCUCCUUCUCCCCCCACCCGUCCUUCCGUCCUCGGGAACUGGGCCAGUCUUUUCGGCAAAUCUCAGGCAACCCAAGAUGGGAGACGCUUGUCUAUCUCCUCCAGAAGAUCGUCGGCCUCUCUUUCUCGACAAAGCUCACGCUCCGAUGCAGGAUCCGAAUAUGCUGUCGAAACAGACGAUGAGGAACGUUGGGGGUAUUCUUCUGGCGAGGAAGACUCUGACGAGGAAUUGUCGGGACGCGAUGAUGCCUCUAUAUCCCGUAGCAUGGACUAUGACUCUGAGCCACCUUCGCCAACCAUGAACCAAGGGCUUCCGCUUCUAAGCUCGGACCCGAUUUUUGGAGGAGAAUCGCGAAUAGAAAUGGAAUUCUCAUUUACUGAGAUGGAACCCCCUCCGCCUGGGCCACCUUCACGGCAACAGAUUCACAUUGAAGAAGACGAUAGCACUAUUCGUCUUGUAGGUUAUGAAAUUAUUCUAUGGCGACAAUGGCUUUGGCGCGCAAGUUGCAUUUUGACAUUUGGUAUAUUAGGCUUACUGGGGAAUUGGUUCCCCCGGUUAUGGCUUGGUUUUGUCACCCAUGAGAAGGCUUUUAUAAAUAUCAAGCAGGGAUUUGUAGUAGUGGAGUCGUCCAACAGAGACGUAAUGUUAAUAUCCUUGCACAAAUUAGAGUAUCCAUUCCCUAUCACCACGGUAUUCCCAUCUUCGUUUGAUCAGUCAUCUUCUGGUUCAUCCUUCAAGUCAAACGAGACUCAGACUUACGACGCGGAAACCAAAAUGCUGCGCUCACUCAUCAUCAUGAAUUACCGCUAUUCUCGGUUUGCUUUGGAUCCGCGCAACGGUUUAUUCUACGUGAUGAGGAAUUGGCGUGAUUCUUCUUGGGCCUCUUCAUCAAUUCUACAGUCUGGUUUACAGGAAAAUAUCCGACGUCAGAGAGCAAGAUUAUUCGAUAGAAACGAAAUCAAUAUAGAAGUCAAGUCCACCACUGCACUACUCAUAAACGAAGUAAUACAUCCUUUUUAUGUCUUUCAAGUUGCUUCAGUCAUCCUCUGGUCGCUCGACAACUAUUACUACUAUGCAUUCUGUAUCUUUGCAAUCUCGAUUGGCAGCAUAGCUACGACGUUAGUCGAGACCAAGAAGACAAUCACUCGAAUGCGCGAAAUGUCGAAGUUCAAUUGUAAAGUGAAUGUGAUGGUAGAUGGAACUUGGGCCGAAUUGGAUUCUACGGAUUUAGUGCCAGGAGACCUUGUCAAUCUUUCCAGCUCUCAACUUACCGUCAUCCCUGCAGAUAUGUUCCUCCUGACAGGCGAUGCCAUUCUCAACGAGAGUAUGCUGACUGGGGAAAGUAUCCCUGUAAGCAAGGUCCCGGUAAAAGACGAUGAUCUCUUAAAAUGGAGAGAUGGUAAAGUGGAAAAUGCAAAGUCCUUUAUUUACGGAGGCACCAAAGUCAUACGAAUCCGAACAUCGGUAACGAGCGACGGUUCGCAGAGUCGCCCUGCUCUUGCACCUAUCGUCAUUGACUUUCGAAUAGGUUUCGAUACGACCAAGGGUGCUCUUAUACGAUCAAUGCUGUUCCCCAAGCCGAUUGGUUUCAAAUUCUACCGAGAUUCAAUACGUUUCAUUGCGGUGCUUGCUGGAAUUGCACUCUUAGGGUUUAGCAUCAGCGCUGUUCAGUUUGUGCGGAUCGGGCUGAAAUGGCAAACUAUACUCAUUCGUGCACUGGACUUGAUUACUGUCGUCGUUCCUCCUGCGCUUCCUGCUACACUUUCGAUUGGAACGAGUUUUGCUAUCGCUCGUUUGAAAAAAUCUGGUAUCUAUUGUAUAUCUCCCAGUCGAGUCAACGUAGCCGGGAAAAUUAACGUAUGCUGCUUCGACAAGACUGGAACUCUGACGGAGGAUGGUCUGGACAUUCUUGGUGUUCGCCCUUUAGACCGAAAUAUCAAUCGGUUUGGCGAGCUCCUCGAUGAUAUCCAUGAUCUACCAUUAGGGAAGGACAAGGCUUCUUUUUUACACGCCCUGGCCACAUGCCACUCUCUAAAAAUGGUUGGAGGAGAUGUCGUCGGCGAUCCAUUAGAUGUCAAGAUGUUCGAAUUCACCCGCUGGACGUUGGAGGAGGGGACAAUCGGUCGCACAGGUGUGAUUAAGGUCAAGUCAGGAGCGGUUGCGGAACAAGCAGCAUUAGUCCAAACGGUGGUACGUCCCCCAGGGAGUGCACAGUUUAGGCUAGAAGAUGCUCUUAAAGGGAACGCAAAGCGCGCACAUUUCUUGGAACUUGGUGUGAUUCGAUCGUUUGAAUUUGUUUCAUCCCUUCGAAGAAUGAGCGUUGUCGUCAAGCGUCUCAAGAGCAACAGUAUGGAAGUAUAUGUCAAAGGCGCACCCGAGGUUAUGAUGGACAUCUGUGAAAAAGAUUCAUUUCCCGAGGAUUACGAUGACCUUCUUUCCUAUUACACGAAGCGCGGAUAUCGAGUUAUCGCAAUGGCCGGUAAAAGCAUCGAAGGUUUAUCGUGGCUGAAAGCUCAACGAAUGAAACGCGAGCAAGCAGAAAGUAAACUUAAAUUUCUUGGUUUGACUAUUUUCGAAAACAAAAUCAAGCCCGGGACGACACCAGCCAUUCAAGCUUUGCGGAUUGCCCAUCUGCCUUGUAGAAUGAUUACAGGCGAUAAUCCGCUGACUGCUGUUAGUGUAGCUAGGGAAUGCGGAUUGGUCAACCCAGCUGCGUAUGUUUUCUCCCCUUCUUUCAUACGAGGUGACGCGACAGGCCCUGAUGCUAAAUUGGAAUGGACGUGCAUGGAUGAUCUGUCGUGGAAGCUCGACAAUUACAGUCUUAAACCUUCUUCUCCACCUCUUCAUCAUACUGCGGAGGCCGAUGAUAUUGGUUAUCACGACUAUUCCCUCGUUAUCUCUGGAGAUGUUUUUCGAUGGAUGAUCAGCUAUGCACCCCUUGAAACCCUACAGCGGAUGCUUGUAAAAGCGCAAGUUUUUGCUCGUAUGUCUCCAGAUGAAAAGAACGAAGUAAUUGAACGACUACAAGGUCUGGGAUAUACAGUGCUAAUGUGUGGAGAUGGUGCAAACGAUUGCGCUGCUCUAAAGGCGGCCGAUGUGGGGGUCUCAUUGUCGGAAGCUGAAGCUAGCGUAGCUGCACCCUUUACCGCUAACACUCCGGACAUCGGAUGCGUUCUCGAGCUCAUCAAGGAAGGUCGUUCUGCCUUGGUGACGAGCUUUAGUUGCUUCAAAUAUAUGGCGUUGUAUUCACUUAUUCAGUUCACCACUGUGACUUUACUGUACUCUUUCGCAUCGUCGCUAGGUGACUUCCAGUUUUUGUACAUUGAUCUUUUCAUUAUCAUACCCAUCGCCGUCACUAUGGGUCGAACGUCGCCAUAUCCUCGAAUUUAUCACAAACGACCUGCGGCAAGCUUGGUGUCAAAAAAAGUUUUGUCAAGCAUCAUUGGCCAGAUUAUUAUAACGAGCGUAGUACAAAUAUGGGCGUACUCUUGGGUCCGAGGACAAGAGUACACUCCCCCGCCCUCUCCGGACGCAAACGAUGAUGGCAAUCAACUGGAAUCGACCAAUUUUGAGAAUUCAGUACUAUUUCUGAUCUCUUGUUUCCAGUAUAUUCUGGUUGCGGGUGUUUUUAGCAUUGGGCCGCCAUAUCGCAGACCGAUGUGGACAAACGUUCUGCUUAUGUUUUCUCUUGCUGCUCUUACAUCGUUCAACUUGCUGGUUCUACUUUCUCCGCCGCAGGCGAUCGCUGAUCUGCUCACCUUGAUGAUGAUUCCGACAGAAGGCAGGUUGAAGCUUUUAUUAGCAAUAGCGAUCAACAUGGCUAUAUGCAUACUCUAUGAAGGAUUCGGUUAUUUGGCCGUGGCAGGGAUAGUUGGACAAAUAAUGAAGUGGAGGAAAAGAAAUCGCAGGAUACGUGAAACUGGAGGUAAGGUGUACAAGGCAGUGGAGGGUGGGAUGAGAUAG